AGUCGAUACCAAGACCUAGUAUAGUGACAGGCUCCACUGCGUGUGCUAUUCAUAUUGUAUAAGGCACGUCUGGAUUCUAAUCUUUCAUUGGAUAUAUUGUAACCUUGAAGUUAAAAUUGUUCUUUUAGAACAUAGGGUACUUUAGUCGCCGUAUAAACGUUCAAUAUUUGUGAAUCAAUAUGUUAGGAAUACGUUUAACUAAACUAAAAGGAUUUCUACUGGCAAUUGCAGUGCUAUCUUUUAUCGUCACGGUGCAGGUCGCAUAUAUCCAUGGAAUUUACAUAUCAGUUAUCAAAAUUGAGAAAAACAACUCGUCUAAUCAACCAUGUGUAAACCACGUCUCAAAAAAUCGAUCAUAUGCAGAAAAUAUAUUGAACAAAGAUCGGCGUGUAUUAACAGCGGAAUCAUUGGAGGAUAUUACUGUUUUAAAUAAAAACCAAUGUAAAAAUAGAAACUUCCUUGUUUACCGGUGCGAUUCUUCUAUUCCUUGUGGCGGCUGGGCUGAUCGGCAAAAGGGAAUAGUGUCAUCUUUUCUAAUGGCUCUUUUGACAAAGCGUGUGUUUGUGAUCGAUAUGGUACAGCCUUGCAACCUAGAUCAGUUUUUACUGCCUAACAUAUACGACUGGUCAAUAUGUAAAUCUUAUAUCAAAUCUGUUCCUCAUAACUUAACAAGAACAUUUAAUCACAUUGAAGACUACAAAUUUGCAAAAGUUGUUGAGCAUUUUGACUUUCAAAGAAUUUGGACAAAGCAUGUAAUUUUCAUACGAUUUCAUACCCAUGUGAUCGAUGGAUUAAAAAAUCACACCUUGGGUAAAUCAAGAUUAAAAUGGCUUUUGAACAUAAAUAACGAAGAAGCCAUACAUUUAGUACUUAAUACAUUAUUCAAGCCAAAUGAGUGGAUUUUAAAUGAUACAAAUGAAUUUUAUACUAAUCGAAUUAGAAUGAAAAAAUUUGUUUGUUGUCACAUCCGCACAGGUAAAAAUCCAAACAUGCCCACAGACCUAAUCCCGCGUUUCGGACGUCCUAAUGAAACGGUGCUAUUUGACUUUUUGAAAAAAUAUGACAAAAACUCGGAUUAUUUCAUUUAUGUGGCUUCAGAUUCGGACAAAGUGAAAGAAAGUGCUAAAAAUAACCUCACUUCUUACGUCAACAUAAACCGACCUAUAGUUCACGUUGACAGACUCGGACCGUUUGGAAAGUUAAAAGAAGAAGCAUGCAAAGGACUGUAUACAGUUAUUUUGGAGCAAUUUAUUCUAUCAUUAUGUGACGAAAUCAUCCUAACAAGGAGUGGUUUUGGUGUUAUGGCCGUCUAUAUGAGAGGCGACGCUAAAGGUCUUUUCAUGUAUCAUCCGAUAGAGAAGCGAGUUGUUGCUACUAACCUGACAAAUAUUCAAAAAGUUUUCGUUUUCUUGUAACACAAACUUUUAUCAAUUUCAUGACUUUUGCAUGGAUUCAGAUAUAAUUUGAAAUCCUUAUAAUAUAAUAUAAUCAUCAUUCAUUUGGUCACGUGGCAUCCAUUUUUAAUGGAAUAUUCGUUAUUCAUACACGUGAAAUAUGAUAGCCAAGGUGAAAAAUCAUUCGCCAGCUCUAUUGUUUAAUAAAAUGGUAAUGAUA